AUGGAAGUGGACAGCGACAAUGACUUGCUUGGCAGGACCGCCGCCGGAGAGCUCGUGGCUUCAGAGGCCUGGCCAGCCCUGCGCGACGAGAUCCUUGCGCGCCUAGACAAGAUCGUCCACAACGAGUUUCCCAUCCCCAAGCUGCCGCCCCCCGUGCCGCGCUCGCGGUAUCCGGACACACGACGACCCAUCUCCCCGCCGUCUUCAUCGCCAGCCGAGCAGUUCGCCGACGACGCCAACAAGGAGAAUGCGCCCGCACAAGACCAGCCUGCGCCAGGCGCGACAUCCCAGCCGCGGUCGUCACCGCCACAUCAGCAGCAGCAAGCCUCCUCGUCGUCGCAGCAGCAGCAGCAGCAGACCAAAGAGCCCGGCGCGCUGCCGAAGCAGCUUGCGGAAAUGGUCGACGAGAUCAAGAGCCACAUCGCCAGCUUCAAGUCGUACCCGCCACACACGAUCCAGAGGAUCGCCGAGCUGAUCCUGCGCCCGCGCGCGCACUACAAGGCGCUGGCGUCGUACCUGCACGCCCUGGACCGGGUCGCGGCCGUGACGUCGGGCACGGAUACCUAUCCGCUGCCGCCGCCGAUCCCGGACAUGUCCUCGAUCCAGCUCAACGGAGACGAGCCCAACGACCCCGCCAUGGCCGUGUCGUGGAGCAACCCUGCCGCGGUGGCGGUGGGCUCGGACGAAGCCCUGGGAGGAGCGCUGCUGACGCCCAUCCCCUGGCUGAUCAGGAGGAGCACGCCGCCGGAGAGCGUCAGCGAGGCGGUGGCGCCGGCCGGUGCGCAGAUCCACAGCGAAAGCACCGAGACGAUUGACGGGCCCAAUGGCGUGGGCAGCAUCGAGACCGUCUCCGUCAGCAUCAACGGCGUGCCGUCCAUGGGGGCCUCCAGGGGCGUCACGCAAGGCGAGCUGCUUAGGCAGGAGCAGAGGGCCGGCAUCGUCCCCGUCAGCCAGCUCACCAAGGGGCACGACAUGAUGGGCGAGGGCGGCCGUCCGGCUGCGGCCCCGUCAGAAGACCAUCCGAUGGGUGAUGAGGAAGAUGACGAAGAGGGAGAGGAGGAGGAAGAAGAAGAAGAAGAAGAGGAAGAAGAGGAGGCGCCGCAUGUGAGGGGACCGGAUGAGAUUGGUAUUGGUGACACGGGCCCUCAGUCGGAGACGACGAGCCUCGUGGGCGAAGAUGGCAUCGAGAUGCAGGGGAUCGACCUCGAGGCCGCGGUUGGCCGGAAACACGCCCACGAAAAGGCCGGAGCGGUCGAAACGUCUUCCACGCCCGGGGAUCGGGGCGCGGACGGCAAGCCCCGGUUUGAGCGGUCCAAAAGUCCCAGCGCCGAGAGCGUUGCCUCAAAGCGCGAAGCGGAAGAUGACCUCGAGGAGGAUGUCGUGGCCAAGAAGGUCAAGGAGAAUACGACUGACGACGGGGACACCAGGAUGUCAUCUGCAACACCGGAUCCCGAAGAAGAAGAAGAAGAAGAAGAGGAUGUAAAGGGCGAGGAUGGCAAAGAGGCCGACGUCAAAGAUGAAGAUGCGGAUAAAGAUGCGUCGAAGAUGGAGGAGGGUGCGUGA